AUGCGGAUCGCCUCCCGUUUCCAUGAGGAGCAAGGUAGAGGCAGGGAGACAUUGCAGAAAGAGACUGGGCGCUUCAAGCUACCUGGAAGAAUUGACCAGUGUAGGGCACCCAGUAGAGCGUUGGACAUGGAGAAGUUGGGGAUAAAGUCCUGCUUGUGUGAUCCGAAGAGGCUGUGUUGGGUCGAGUCAUAUAUAGCCUAUAGGUCGCACAGACGACUCAUCGUGAGAGGGCAGCUUGAAAACGCAUUCAUCGGCGACGUUGAGGUAUUUAACAUUGUAAACCCAAGCCAAGAUCCAAAUCCUAAGAUUGAAGACCAGCCAUCGCGAAUUGUGGCCUUCGCUGACGUUAAGGGACACAAAAUCUUCUGUCGUGCCCCGAUGUCAUUUCGUCCAAAAUCUCAGGACAAUAAAGACACCCUGGCCAGGGAGAGUAGGCUACGCGUUCUUGGCGACAAGAAAGAAGCGCUUCAAUUCGAAAGGGAGGCCCUGGUGUCUAAGCUUGAGAAGCUUGACUACAAAAUUAUCCAGGCUCAAGGCGAAUAUGGAGCCCUCUACAACGAGACGGCGCCCAUUCUAAACCUUCCAAUUGAAAUACUCUGUCGCAUGUUCGAAGCAGCACAUAACACGUCUUUCGCUGAGGGGAUUCCAAACAACCCACUCAUAGAAGUCACUAUCUCCCAUAUUUGCAGAAGAUGGCGAUCCAUCGCGUUGUCCUUUCCAUUACUUUGGUCGAUGUUCCGCCAUGAUGCUUCUAAAUUGCCAGAACGUAUCCCGGUUGAUCGAUUAGUUACAUAUCUGGAACGGUCGGGCUCACGUCUUCUCGACCUCCAUUUCGCAUUUGCCGACUCCGUCUUAGGCGAGGGAUCACUUACAUUGUUCAAUUCCAUGCUUGAGAGCACGAUACCACACGUUGCGCGUUGGGGGCGAUUCUCCCUCUUUUCCUACGGGGACGUCCCAAUCCUUGCCUUCUGUGACAGGUUACAACACUUGGAAGCUCCCAACCUUGAAUACUUUACGAUGUGUCCUGGCAUUACAGCAAGUAUCGUUUUCGAUGGACUCCAAGAUGGACUCUUUCCUUCAGUGUUUUUAGGUGGUGCACCAAAGCUUUUCUACCUUCGACUGGAUCCAACCUGCCCAUCCAAGUACCUCCCCCCCUUCUCCAACGUCACAGUGCUUCGGCUCGAGGAUGAUAGCCUUGAUUUAAAUGAUUGGGACCUUGGGAGUUACAGCACAUUCCUCGAAAUUCUUGCCCUACCAUCGUUAACCAGUUUGUCAAUUGUUGGGCGACAGUUCAGCGAGCCUUACUCGCCGCAUUCUUCCAAGAUCACCAUGAAUAAUCUAAAGCAUCUCCGCUAUGGCGCCGACGAUCACCUUCUUGGCCAUUUCCUCCCAUUCCUGUUCGCGCCGUUGCUUGAGACGCUGAUACUCAGCAACACAGAACUUCCAUUGCCACCCAGCCCCUUUCCUAAAUUUAUGCGGCCAUUUUCCAAGCUACAUUCUUUGGAGCUGAUCAAUUGCAUAGACAAUGACAUUGAGUUCUUCACGUCCUUCGCAGCGCUCACCCCACAUAUCACCAACCUCACGAUCGUAGACAGUUCAUCGUCUGAGAGCCUAUUUGAGUACAUGGCGGAGCAACUCAACGAGGAGGGAACCACACUUUGGCCGAAUGUAAAGAUUUUGACUGGCAUUUUGCUCCACGAAGACAGUCUCGACCAUUACACCAGCUUCGCGAAAAUGUUCAAAGACCCAGUAAUCAUUUGCACUAGCGCUUCUUUUGCUAAUGACUGGAGAUCUACGGAUCCUGAGGGUUAUGAGCUAUUACAGUCGGUCUGUAUACUGGAGCAAAUGCCUGCUGGGAAGAGGUUAGUUUCGUGGCCGCCGGGCGUCGAUGUUCCAGUGGAGGAUGGUUUCUUCACCAUAGAAUUCUAA